UGUUUCCUCCCGUCACCCUUCGCCUGUCAGAUACCUACGCGGCAACGUCAGGAGAAACCCUAGAAAGCGCGAAGGAGACGAUACAUAAACGGCAGGGUAUUGUUCUUCCAAAUCUCGAGCAUUAAUGGCGUCUCCGCAGCAACCUGCCGCUGGAUCUCCGACUGCCCAAGUGGUCGGGAAUGCUUUCGUUCACCAAUACUACCAUAUCCUUCAUCAAUCACCGGAGCUCGUGUAUCGAUUUUACCAGGAAAGUAGUAAGCUCAGCCGCCCUGAGCCUGACGGAACCAUGAGUUCGAUCACGACCAUGCAAGCUAUCAACGAGAAGAUACUCUCUCUCGAUUGUAGUGAUUGCGUAGCAGAAAUUAAGACAGUAGAGGCCCAGGAAUCAUACGAGGGUGGAGUCAUUGUCCUCGUGACAGGGUAUCUCACAGGGAAGGAUGGUGUGAGGCGUAAUUUCACACAGUCCUUUUUCCUUGCUCCUCAAGACAAAGGCUACUUUGUUUUGAAUGACUUAUUUAGAUAUGUUGAGGAGGUUGAACAUCAAGAUGGGAACCAGAGUUUGGCCAACGGUGUAGCCACUCAUCCAAUUCCGGAUCAGGAUCCUGCUCCCACACAGUGGGUUGCUGAGCAAACAAUCACAUUGCCGGAUGAAGUUAACAGUGAGAAGGUGAAUAAUUCCACUGAUAAUGAGGAUGGUUCCAUUGUGGAAGAGGAAGCACCUGCAUCCGAGGUUGUUGAUGAGAUUCCAAACAAGGUGGUAGAGUCUAACAUUGCUGCUGUCCAAGAAGAAGUGCCCAAGAAAUCGUAUGCUUCGAUUGUGAAGGUUAUGAAAGAGAGUGGAGGGCCUGUGUCAGUAACUACAUCUUCUCCUGCAAGGCCAGCUCCUUCAAAUCAGGAGCGGUUGGUGGCACCUCCUCCGCCUCCAGCCCUAGCAGCUGAAAUUCCAGUUUGCAGUUUAAAUGCAGUUGAAGUUGGCAAUAAUCAAGAGGGUGAAUCUGAUGGUCGCUCAAUUUACAUCAAGAACCUGCCAAUGAAUGCUACAGCUGCACAACUUGAGGAAGAAUUCAAGAAGUUUGGUCCUAUCAAAAGUGGUGGUGUUCAAGUUAGAAGCAAUAAGCAACAGGGGUUCUGUUUUGGAUUUGUGGAGUUUGAGGUGACAACUGCUGUGCAAAGUGCAAUAGAGGCUUCACCUAUUACUAUUGGUGGUCGCCAAGCUGUGGUUGAGGAAAAGCGACCUUCUAGUUCUAGAGUGAACAACAGGGGUCGGUUUCCAUCUGGAAGAGGGAAUGGUUUCAGGAAUGAUGGCACAAGAGGGCGUGGAAACUAUGGCAACGGUAGGGGUUAUGGUCGAAAUGAUUUUAAUAAUAGGAGUGAUCUUGGAAACAGGGGUGUCAAUGGUAGCAGUGAAGGAUCGUCUAGUCGUGGAGUUGAGGGUGGAAACCAGAGGGCUGACUAUUAUGGUGCUCGAGCUAACCGCACUGGUGGUUUGGCUGUAAAUGCUACAGCUAAAAAUGUGGCACCAAGAGUGCCUGCUCCUGCUUGAUGUUUGUCUGAAGGUGUGGGCGGUUGCUCAUUACAGUUCUUGCUCUGCGGAUUAUUGUUACACCAGUUCAGUGUCAUGUGGAUGGCAGUCUUUUUCUUGCCAUUGUAGGAGUAAUGAUAGCCAUUCAGAUUUUUUAAUCAGGACUUGUUAACCUCUUUUUUCGUUCUUUCUUUCUUUGGCUUUUGUCUACCCCUUCCUGGGUAUAAGAAGUGAUAGGUAGGUGUUAUAUGGUUAGUUGGUAUCUCUGCUCGUGUAGUGUGUCAGUGUCAGUCUUGUACACCAUUUCACAGUUUUGUGUCCAUUUUUACCAUUUUGUAGCUUAUUAUUCUUUUCAUGGAAGACAACCUUUAAGGCACUUAUUCUCUUUUACGGCAUCCAUCGAGGAAAAGAGGACUUGGGAGUUUGGAUGUAAUGGAAUUGAUUUUUUCCCAGGCUCAAUUUUGAGGGAACUAUUUAAAUUGUUAUGAGAUAUGUUUCUAUUCGGAUUACUCCAUCAUAUUCAAUAGCUUGACUUAUUGAUGCCA